AUUUUGGCUGUGAUCAUCCCCAGUACCAUCUUCAGUGUGGUGUCAGACUUUGGCUGGCCGUUACAUUCGUCUUUGCAGCAGCAGGCGUGGCUGACGUUGUACUUGACCCCCCGAUAAGAGGUGAUUUCAUGGGAGCCACAGAGUUCAGUGUCCACGCAGCCCUGAGCCGACAGGAUGUGGAGGGAGCCGUAGUGGCCUUUGGAGCUGGAACAGCGCUGAUCAGGCAGACACUGGCUGGUGAUUUUGGGGCAGGACUUGCCUUUCUGCUGCAGAGGACAGAAGUAACACAGCAGGCUAUCCAGACUCAGAGUAGGGAGGACCAGCGCUGUGGCCAACAGGAUGGAGGUCAGGAGCCAGCGUGGUCCCAACAGAUGGGCCUCCAGACUAAUGUAGAGCCACACACAGAACGGUGUGAAGAUGUGUCAACCUGAGGAACCUCCAAACACCAACCCAGUAAACCCUCUGAUUACCAAGCUGAAACAGUUCUGUAUUCUGCUGUGCUAUGAAGUGAGGACGUUUUAAGAGUGUGAAACAGGAGGACUUGUACGACUUCCUAAAAUGUGAUGGAUCCUUAUCAAAACCGAAAUGGAACAAUCCAGAGACAAGAUGCAAGCGUCGUUGACGGACCCAUUUCUCUUACUGAGGAUCUAGCUGGAAUGUACAUUUAUGAAGUCUUUCCUGAAGAUAAUGAGACUCAUUUGUACGGGUCCACCUUGACUGGGAUCGUACCCCAACCCGACCCCCCAGGCAAUCUCUGGGGUGAUGGAGGAGGAGGAGGUCCUGGGAGUACAGAGCACCAAAGCACAAAUGGGCCUCCCCCAGUGCGUCGCCCUGUCCCUUUACUCCGAACCAGGCUUCCUAGUGCAUGUUUACCAUGUAGACAAGGCCAAGCACCCCCUCCUGUCCCCCCCAGGACACGAGUACCCCUCGGCAACAUCAACGGGCAGCUUUCCUGUGACAUCACUGAGCCCGCUCACAAACUGAAUCGUUCCAGGACAGAAAUAGACAAUCAUGACCCGUGGGCCAUCACACUAACGGACACUCCGCAAGGCAGCACCAAGAGGCUGGCUUCUUUUUGUGCUGCAACUUCCAAGCUAAUGUCACGGUACAGGCACACAGACAGCGUUUAUAACUCAGGUGUGGUAUGGAGUCGAGUGUUACAAAUCCACCCUGCACUGCUGCAGCAGGUGGAGGUGACUGUCAGCGUGGCCACGGACUGGGACAAUCAGCAGCUCCCCUUCCCCACCACAGUGAACAGGACAGUGACGAGUCUGAUAGAUGAAAUCUUCCAGCUGCUGGACCGACCUCCCAGCACAAGCGGGCAACAUUAUUUGAAAUUGUGCGACUCUGAUGAGUAUCUCCAAAAUGAAGAGCUGCUGGGUAUGCACGAGACUAUUCAGAUCUACUACAAGUUUAAACUAGUAGUCCCCCUCCGGCUACUCCACAUAAACAACCUCAAACAUCGUCUGUGCAGAGAUGGGGAGGACGACCGAACCACAUGCCAGCUGUACCAGUUCCUGCGUCCUGUCUAUGUUUUCAACACCUGCAAGUUGAGCCUGCAGGAUUUGCUCAGUAGUUACAACAGAGAGGUGACAGAGCUGAUGAGAAAUAAGUCUGGGAUGAACGUUAAUGUGCUUGUGGGCCAUGUUCGCGCCAUCAGCAAUCUUCUGUGUGGGCUGUCGUGUCAGGAGCUGGAGGAAGCUAUUGGCAGUCUCAACAGAAUCAAUCCCAUACCUCUGAGUCAUGAUGAGAUGUCUGAGUGUGAAACUGGUGAGGAGCUGUUACUCAAUUAUACCAUGCUCAUGCUCCACAUGGCGCUGCUUAAAGUGCUGCAGAUCUUUUUUGACAACUUCCAGUCAGACUUCAGAGGUCAGGAGCUAACCAGCAACAUGCAAAUACUUGAUGUUGAUGACAACACUGAAAUCCUCCAAUUCAAAAUCUCCACUCUCUACCAACUACAACCCACUUGGUUGAACAAUUAUGAGUGCUUCUCUGUUUCCUGUGAGUUGACAUAUGGAGGAACAAAGAUCAGUGACACUGGAAUUUCUGAAAAUAUCAGCACCGCCUUGUCAUACGGAAACAAGAUCCAGUGUAACCGCAUGAUGGUGUUCCCUGUUCUGGUAAAUCAGCUGCCAUAUGAGUGCAUGUUGACAUUUUGCCUCAAGGGCUCCAAGCGAGGCAAGGGCCCCGAGCUUUUAGGCUGGGCUGUACUACCUCUUUACAGCGACAGGACUCUGGUAAUGGGCACCGUUCUGCUCAGUAUGUCCACACUGGCUGAGCUGCCUGCUCCUCCCUCCCCUGCCCUGUUUGACAGCCACAGACAAGCUGUUGGGGUCAUACUGCAGCUGGAGUUUCAAGAUCAUUUUGAAUGGAAGUAUCAGAGGCCCAUCGCCCUCCCUAGUUCAUUCAUAUUUACUCAGCCAUGUGAGGAAUUGCAAAAGAAAAUGUUGGAAGUCUCUAAGAAGCACUGUCUCUGCUUUCUAACACAAAAUGAGAAGGCUUUCCUCUGGAGUAAGCGUCACUGCAGUGACAAAGCUUGUACGUUCCUCCACCUGCUGCUGGGUGGAGCCCCCCAGUGGCAGCCUGAGAACUUGACAGAAAUCUAUACUGUUGUAGAGAACUGGCCAAUCCAUCUACCUGAGGAGGCCCUCUUCCUGCUCAGUGACAGUUUUCAUGAUCAGACUGUGCGGGGGGCUGCGGUUAAGUACUUUGAACAGAUACCAGAUGGAGAGCUCGAGGUUUUUCUGCCACAGUUGGUCCAGGCUCUGAAGAGUGAGUGGGAGUUGGAUGGACCUCUGGUGAUGCUGCUGUUGGAGAGAUCACUGAAGAACAUUCGGAUUGCUCAGCAACUUUUCUGGCUGUUAGAGGAUGCUCACACUGACCCUUACUACCAGAGUUGGUUCAGUAAGGUUCAGGCUGCCCUGCGGCACUGCUGUGGCCGGGCACUGAGGCAGGAGCUGGAGCAUGAAACCCGCCUGGUGUCUGUGCUUGUACAAGUGGCUGAGAAGGUGUGCACUGCCGAUAAGGCUCAACGUAAGACUGUUUUGAACAAAGAAAAGUGGAAGAUUGAUGAGUUCUUCAGAGAUGGGAUCAGCUGCUGUCUGCCACUGGAUCCAGCAGUCCGUGUAAAGGCAUUGGACGUGGAUGCCUGUAAGUUCUACAACUCCAAUGCUGCCCCUCUGGGGAUCUCAUUUAUCUGCUCUGACCCUCUGGCCAAGAACAUCAGUGUCAUCUGCAAGACAGGAGAUAACCUGCGUCAGGACAUGCUGGUACUUCAGAUAGUCCGUGUGAUGGACAGGGUUUGGCUCCAGCACGGGCUGGACCUGCGAAUGAUCACCUACAGGUGUCUUUCUACAGGGCAAGCUCAGGGCCUGGUGGAAGUGGUUCCAGAGGCAGUGACCCUGGGCAAGAUUCAGCAGGAGUGGGGUCUGGGUGGCACCCUUCGAGAAGACACAUUAGAGAAAUGGUUCCACAUGUGGAACAAAACUAAGGAGGACUAUGAGAAGGCUGUUAUGAACUUCAUCCACUCGUGUGCAGGAUGGUGUGUGGCCACCUUCAUCCUGGGGAUCUGUGACCGCCACAAUGACAACAUCAUGUUGAGACACAGUGGACACAUGUUUCACAUCGACUUUGGCAAGAUUAUGGGCAACGCACAGAAGUUUGGAAGCUUUAAAAGGGAUCGAUCACCAUUCAUCUUUACAUCCGAGAUGCAGCACUUCAUCACAGGCGGGGGUCAGAAGCCUCAGCGCUUGCAUCGCUUCGUGGAGCUCUGCUGUGAAUCCUACAACAUAAUCAGAGAGCGCUCUGCACUGAUACUCAGCUUGUUGGAGCUGAUGCUAAGUGCAAGAAUGCCAGAAUUGAAGGACUCUAAUGACCUGCAAUAUGUCCAGAGAAACCUCAGACCUCAUGACACAGACCUGGAGGCCACAUCCUACUUUACAAAGAAGAUCAAGGAAAGCAUGGGCUGUGUUGCAGUCAAGUUUAACUUCCUGACACACAGCAUGGCCCAAGGGAAGAAACAAGAUCCACGAACCCGGGAAGGCAUCCCCGCUCCCAGCACCAACAUCCAAGAAGCUGUCAUCCAGGGAUACACCGUCAGGGGAAAAGAUGUGAUCUAUGACCUGAGAGUGACAAUUCAUGAUGGUUUUCUGAACAGUGAGAAGACAUAUGGGCAGUUUGAGCUAAUCCAUAAGCAGCUUCAGAAAUACUUCAUUGAAACUAUGCUGCCUCAGUUUCCUCGGUGGUUUAAGUUGUCCUUCAACCCGGGCAGCAAGAUGUCUCGGCUGAAUAAAUAUCUGAAAGAGCUUUUUGCGGGACCAUGCAAGGGAAAUGAAUAUGUGUGCAGCUUGUUCCUGGAUGGCCCCAGCACAGUCCAAGAAAGUGUGAUGACGGGGGCCCGUCCUCAGAUCCAGCUCAACAUUUCUUACUCUGACUGUAAGCUCUCAGUCUUGGUAAAACACCUGAAGAACAUUAAGCAGGCAAACGGCUCUAACCCGGACGCCUACGUGGUCAUGCGUUUGAGACCGGACCCUAAGCAGCGCUCCAAGAAGAAGACUAAGGUGGUCCGCAAUAAUGACAAUCCAACCUUCAAUGAACUGCUGGAGUACAAUUAUGUCCCACUACUGUAUGGGAUGGUGCUGGAAGUGACCGUGAAGAGCAAGAAGACUUUCGUGGCUGCAACCAACAUUAGACUGGAGGAGGAGUUGCUUGACAAGGAGACCUGGUUUCCCCUCGGGAACUGUGCAGUCUGACCUCCGAGAGCUGCACUUUCGGCCUGCUGCCAGCAGGGGGUACAAUCACACUGAGGGAAAGAAUCAAUCCAAAGAUUUCUCAGACUAUGAAUGAGACCAACUCACCUGAGCAGAGGAACUGUGCACUCUCUAUUCAUUUGGAUGACGUUACAAGAAUGAGUAAAAGGCUCAGGGAGGGAGACUGUUUACUGUGUGAAGCAUCAUUUGCCCUGUGUGUUUAUUUUUAAAUGUCAAUCAAAUGAAGGACAUUAGCUAAUUAGUCAGAUUUUUGGAUGUGGCCUUGAUGAUGAAUUAGGGAAAGAAACUACUUUUAUUAUCACACUUGCACUUUGUUUUUAUUUUACUUUAACUCAAACUGUGUGUGUGUGUGUGUGUGUGUGUGUGUGUGUG